AUGGCCGAAUCUCAAAAUAGCACGCCCCAGGUCGGGUCGUCCUCCAGCUCUUCCUCCGCGAAGAAGCACCCAUACAAGAAACGUCUCAUCAUGUGCUGCGACGGCACUUGGAUGAAUUCCGACAAGGGCUCCGAGGAUCGUUUCGGCCACACGACUCUCCAAGUGCCUUCCAACGUCACGCGCAUCUCGCGGUCGUUUAAGCGGCUUUGCGACGAUGGUUGCAUGCAGAUUAUCAACUACGAGUCUGGCGUCGGGACGGGAAGCAACACACUUGACAGCAUUACGGGAGGCGCUUUCGGGACGGGCUUGUCCGAGAGGGUGCGAGAGGCGUACCAGUUCAUCUGUGCCAACUACUGCGACGGCGACGAGAUCAUCCUCAUUGGCUUCUCUCGUGGGGCGUAUACCGUCCGAUCCGUAGCGGGCAUGAUUGGCGACAUUGGUCUACUCACGAGGGAUGGCACGGAGUUGUUCUAUCCUAUUUUUAAGGAUAUGGAGAACUGGAUGGACAAGGACUACGACGAUCCUUUCCCUACCCUGCCUUUUUCUGAGAAGCCCAAAGGUGCAAAUGCUUCUAAGGAGUACAAGGCGAGACUUGAGCGGUUGGGCCUUACGCGAGUCCGACAAGAUGGCGGAACCGGCGACCUGAUCAAGGUCAAGGCCGUUGGUGUAUGGGAUACCGUCGGUAGUCUUGGCAUUCCCGAGAUCGAGCACGCUUUCCAGGCCCUUGCUCUCGACGAGACUCGCCCGCCUUUCAGCCCUGCCGUUUGGGAACGUCUCCCUAACAACAAACUCACCACUGACCUCCGUCAGGUGUGGUUUCCCGGGAACCACGGAAAUGUGGGCGGCGGUUGGCCUGAUCAAGGCAUUGCUAACAUCAGUCUCGCAUGGAUGAUGGACCAACUCGCCUCCGUUGGCGUCGAAUUCGACGAAAAGUCCCUCGAGAAAAUCUUCACUCGCCAAGUCCAGCACUACGACUCCCUCGCCAAACCCUCCCCCUCCUCCACGCCAUCCUCCUCCUUUUCCAGAAAGAAAGAGCAAAUCCUCUGGGCCGUUGAGCAAAUCCACAGCCCGAACCACCCCCGUCGUCCCUGGGGCCUAGGCGAGAUCAAGCGCGCCUCGAACCCCCUGUACGCUCUCGCGGGCAAAAAGGCCCGCACGCCUGGUCUGUACCACGAGGUGGAUGCCAAGACGAACCAGCCCAAGAAGGAGUUCCUGCUCGACACGAACGAGAGGAUUCAUCCGUCCGUGAGGGUGAGACUAGCGUGUAAGGGGUUGGGGUUGGAUGACCUGGGAGUUUGGGAGGCGGAGUCGUUGAAGAAGUGGAAGCUUGUGAGGGUUAAUGCGGGUGCUGCUAACAACGGAGGCACCAACGGCAUUGACGCCAAUGGGAAUGCGGUGUCCGAAACGACGGAGUGGUGGGGCCCGACCAAGGUGGAACAGGAGGAUAUUAAAGAUGCCGGGCUUUGGGCUUGGGAUUAUGUUGGGCCGUCGGGGGAUGCGCCGCCUGUGAGGAGGCUGAUGGAGGAGAGGUUGGGGCCGUAUGAGAGGUACUUCUUGAAGCUUUCCGGUGGGACGCCGAAUUCGUAUCAGUGGGCGGGGGAGUCGUUUAGUGAGAAGAAGUAA